AUGCUGGGCAUCUUGGAGGCCACGGAGUGUAGGUUUGUGACGACCACGAGUCACACCGACAGCACCACGCGCGGGUGCACCCGCGCAACCAGCAGCACCAUUGUGAUCAGCGCGACGAGCACCAGGAGCCCAAGCACACCCAGCAGCGCCACUGUGACCAGCACGACUCUGACCACCAGCACCACUCGCUGGACCAUCCGUUCCACCUGGCAGCAGCGACAGCACAACUUUGGAAUUGCGUGGAAGGUCACCGUCAAUGCAUUACGGAGGUUGCAGAUGCGCAUCCGAGCACGCGUGAUGUAG